AUGAGGGGGAAACAACAAGGGUUCCCUGGCCGUGGGAGGAGAGCACAAAACAACGUUCCCAACAUGCGCUUGCACGAGAAGAAGAAUAUGAGGGAGGACAGCGUGAUCGUUUCCUUCCAUCAAACCCAUGACCUCCAAGAAAGUGGCCCGCCAGCUCUCCCCGAACGCAACGUUCACGUUCAAGAACAGGCGUCGCCCGCCAUCUUCCUCCCCACUUGGAACGCUGAAUCAGUGUUCGGGCUCCCUUCAUACAACUUCGGCAACGGAGGGGUGGGAGCGGAGGAGUGGGGAGCCUCGGCGAACUAUGCUUUGAGGGAUCUGAUCGCACAGUCGUCUAUCGAGGGCAGUGUUGGGAGUCAAGACGUGAAGAUGCUGCAGAUGUCGCAUCCGAAGGUUGAUUUGAGGCACAACCCUCACAAGUCGUGCGAUUCCGUUGAUGCUGCGUUGGACCGAGCUCAUGUGCAAGAAGAGAAAAUCUCAGAGCUCGAAUUUCAGCUCGAGCAGAGCAAGAGACAGAACAAGUCGCUGAUUUUGGAGAAGGCCAAGGAUUGUGAGAAAAUAGAAAACUUUGAAUUGAGACAGAAUGAGCUGGAAAAGCUUGUUUGCAGCCUUCAAGGAACGCUUGCAGACAUGCAGGCAGUGAAUCUUAGAUUGAACGAUGAGAUGUAUCAUCUACGAAGAAUAUUACAGGAAUUGAUCCGAAACAUCCGACACACUCAAGGAAACGAUGUCUCAGUGGAAUCGAUCGAUAGAGAGAUCGAUACGAUGAAGAAGCAGGAGUGUACGGUGGUGUCCAAGAAGUUGCUGGCCUCGUUUGAAGAGCAAAUCACAAAGAAGCUCAUGGCCAACAAACAUGUAGAAAUGAUGGAAAACGAGGAGGAGCUUACUGUUUAUUCGGGUUCGAAUGAAGGGCACAGAAACAGAAAUGUUGAGAAUUCAACAAGCGAGACAUCAUCUGCAAGCCAACGGAAGCACGGUCAAGAGAAGAGCCCUCUGGAAAGGAAUCACACGAAGCACAAGAAUCAAAAGCGAAACAUGCAGGGCAAGAACUCGUUUGGGCACUGGCUGUGUGUCCAUUGCGGAUUCACGAAUGUGCUUGUGAAAGACGAGAAGGCGGCGGCGUCGAAGAGUUCAUCUUCGGAUCUUUCAAUCUAUCACACCUGUGAGAUGUGCGGAGUCUUGUGCGACGUGGACGAGGCAGAGAGGAUGAGGAAGAAGGAGGAGGAGGCGAACAUACGGGAGGUAGAGGAGGCGCUUCUAUCGCAGGAGCGCUCGCCGUCCGUUGCAGUUGAGCUUGUCAAGUCUGGUGAGACGGGAACCAAGAGUCAGGACAAGGAUGUGUGCGAGCACGUAGAGAACGGUAUGGCCGUGGAAGAAUCUUUUUCCGACAGCUCGAAGACUUUUUCUGCUGGAUCGAGCGACAAGGACCUUGCGGAGAAGGCUCUGCCGCCGAUGCCUCAAAGUUUGCGGGUGGUGAGGACCAACGAGGGUGACGUGGGGGACUCAGAGGCUUCGAAAUCGAAUGAAGAGGAGAUGCAGGAGGGGCUCUUUGUUGGUAGACGAGAGAAUGUCGGGGGAAGGAUUAGGAGGAAAUGA